CGCGACGUUUCUCCACCCAAAAUGCAGGACGGGAGGGCCCCGAGAAUUCGCAACCGCGCCCCAGCGGCGGUCCAGAUCACCGCGGAGCAAAUCCUUCGUGAAGCCCAGGAACGUCAAGAGUCCACCUUCAAGGCUCCGCGUCAGCGCGUCGAAGACUUUGAAGAGCUUCAUGAGUACCGUGGACGGAAACGAAAGGAGUUCGAGGAGCGGGUACGGAGAACGCGAGGGAGCAUAAAAGAGUGGCUACAGUAUGCUAGCUGGGAGGCCAGCCAAAACGAGUUCGACCGCUCGCGCUCCGUCUACGAACGCGCCCUCGACGUCGACCCGCGCUCAAUCCAGCUCUGGUUCUCGUACACCGAGAUGGAGCUCAAGAACCGCAACGUGCAGCACUCGCGCAACCUCUUCGACCGCGCCGUCACGCUCCUCCCGCGCGUCGACCAGCUGUGGUACAAGUACGUCUACCUCGAGGAGCUCCUACAGAACGUGCCCGGGGCGCGACAGGUGUUCGAGCGCUGGAUGCAGUGGGAGCCGGAUGACAAGGCGUGGCAGGCGUACGUCAAGCUCGAGGAGCGGUACGGCGAGUUGGACCGGGCGAGUGUCAUCUACGAGCGGUGGAUCGCAAUACGGCCCGAGCCGCGGGUGUGGGUGAAGUGGGCGAAGUUCGAGGAGGAGCGGGGCAGGGUGGACAAGGCGCGGGAGGUGUUCCAGACGGCGCUCGAGUUUUUCGGGGACGACGAGGAGCAGGUCGAGAAGGCGCAGGCGGUGUUCAGCGCGUUCGCCAAGAUGGAGACGCGCGUGAAGGAGUACGAGCGUGCGCGGGUCAUUUACAAGUUCGCUCUCGAACGCCUCCCACGCUCCAAAUCAGCCUCCCUAUAUGCCGCAUUCACCCGUUUCGAGAAGCAACACGGCGCGCGCUCCGUGCUCGAGUCGACCGUGCUCGGCAAGCGGCGCAUCCAGUACGAAGAGGAGGUUACUCACGACGGGCGGAAUUACGACGUCUGGUUCGACUACGCCCGGCUCGAAGAGGGCAUCCUUCGCACACUCCGAGAAGAAGGCAGCACGCAGGACGAGGAAGACGGCGCGAUUACGCGCGUGAGGGAGGUGUACGAGCGCGCGGUGGCGCAUGUCCCACCUGGGAGGGAGAAGCGCCAUUGGAGGCGGUAUAUCUUUUUGUGGUUGGACUACGCGCUAUUUGAGGAGAUUGAGACCAAGGACUACGGUCGCGCACGGCAGGUGUACCGAACGGCGCUCGAUCUCGUUCCGCACAAGCAGUUCACGUUCGCCAAGCUCUGGGUCAUGGCCGCCCGCUUCGAGGUCCGCCGCCUCGACCUCCCCGCUGCGCGCAAGCUCCUCGGCGCCGCCAUCGGCCUAUGCCCAAAAGAGGCGAUCUUCAAAGGCUACAUCCAGCUCGAGAUGGACCUCCGCGAAUUCGACCGUGUCCGCACACUGUAUGAAAAGUACCUCACGCACGACCCGUCGAACAGCGGCGCCUGGAUCAAAUACGCCGAGCUCGAAACAGCGCUCGAGGACUUUUCGCGCGCGGAAGCCGUAUUCGAGCUCGGCGUCGCCCAGCCGCAGCUGUCGAUGCCCGAGGUGCUCUGGAAAGCGUACAUCGACUUCGAGGUCGACGAGCAAGGCGACCGCGCCAAGGCGCGCGGGCUGUAUGAGCGCUUGAUUGCGCUUAGUGGGCACCAUAAGGUGUGGAUAUCGUAUGCCGAGUUCGAGGGCGCGCCGAUGCCGCUGCCGAGGGCGCUCAGGGAUGAAGAGGAGGAUGAGGAUGCUGAAGGCGAGGAUGAGACCGGGGAGGCGAAGAUGCUUCCGGGUGAUCCGGAGAUCGCGAGGCAGGUGUUUGAGAGGGCGUAUAAGGACCUCAAGAGCCGCGAGCUCAAGGCUGAGCGUGUCGCACUGCUGGAAGCGUGGAAGACGUUCGAGCAGAACAACGGGUCCGACGCGGACGUGGCCAAAGUGCAGGGCAUGAUGCCCAUCGUAGGGCGCAAGCAGCACGUCGACCAGGAGACUGGGCAGGUUGUCGAAGACUGGGAGCUCGUGUUCGCGGACGACGAGCGCGAGGCGAACCCGGCGUCGUUCAACUUCCUCAAGAUGGCGCACGCGUGGAAGGCCAUGCAGCAGAAGAAGGGCGGUGGGCCGGCUGUGUUAUCUGGGUUCACGGCUGCGUCGAGCGUUCCUGCUGGGGCGCAAAAGGCCGCCGCUGCCGAGGACGACGACGACGAAGAGGAUGAAGACAAGGAUGUGGACAUGCGUAAAGCUGAUAAGGACUCGGAUGAGGACGAAGAGGAGAGCUCGGGCGAGGAGGAAGAGCGAGGCACUUAGAAAGGCGAGUCGUUCGCGAGUUUUAGUAUACAUAAUUGUUGUCGUUUCUUGGUAUUGCGGGUACGAGGAAAUCUACGUGAAGAUGUACAACAAGCUGACGAAAGCGAGUGAUCGUCGAUGUGUUUUGUGGUAUGCUAGAAAGCGAAUCCAAAUGAUGUGAGGUGAUAUAAACAUGAUAGUGUGUCCGAUGGUCAUACAGAGUUUGUGGCUCUUCCCAGCCUUUUCACGCUGGACCACUCUCCCUAACCUGACUCUCCACUGGCCGUCCCUCUACCUGAAUCGCAACAGGACAGCUCGCCGACCGCAUCUCCACCUCCGCAUCGGCCCGGGUCAUCACCGCCCCGUUCCGGCGCCCAGCCUGAGCCACCGGCGCCGCCGCCCGCCUGCUGAACGUUGAACACCCACACCAAGCCCCUCUUGAGCGCCCUCACCACCCUUGCGAUGCCCGCAAACGCACAAUGCACCCCAUACACAAUAAACUGCAAGCUCACGACCACACCCGCCAGAAAACACAUCACGAGCACCGCCGCCGGCCACGCGCUCCACGCGACGCUGCCCAAGAACGCCAUGAGCGCACACGCGGCGACGAACAUGCACGCGGCGGGGAGGCGCGCGGAGAUGCAGAAGAAGAGGUACGAGGCGUACACGUCGAGCGCGCGGCGCUGGAACGCGCUCGCGUCCAUCGAGGAGGUGGUGUAUAGGAGGAGGUAUGCGACGGUGAGGAUGCCGAGGCCGGAGGCGAUCGCGCCGAGGGCGACCAUGUGGGCUGCGAAGGGGGUGAUGGUGAAGAGCGUUCCGCCGCCGCCGCCGGGAGAGGAGAGGCCGAAUACGGCAGCGUCGAGACCGGCGAGGGCGAUGAGCGAUCCGCCGACGAAUGUCCAUUCUCUUUGGAGGCGCUGUAGGAUGCGCUCGAAAUCGGAGUCGACGGAGGCCUCUCGCAGGGCGCGGUAGGGGGAGAAAGAGUCCACGACGCUGUGUACGGUUUCGAUGGACGCGAGGGAGGAGAGGGUGGAGAUAGAAGAGAAGGAGGCGAGUGUCGAUGAGCGCUGGGGUGAUGGGGAGCUGGAGCUAGAGCUGGGACCAGGGCGUUGGACGCCGAGGUGUUCGUGGUGGUGAUUGUCGUGGUGGUGGUUAUGGUGCUCGUGGUGAUGGACGUGGGCCUGGGGGAGGAGCGAGGCGGCUAUCCUGGAGAUAGACAUAGAGAACCCGCUCUUUUGGUUUGUUAUCGUGACUUCGUCGACGACUUGGUCGCAGUUGUCUUCCUCUUCUGCACCGUUAAGGGUUAUGUCUUCCGAAUCGUCGAAGUGGUGAUGAUGAUGAUGGGGAUGACGGUGGCGAAGUCCCUGUUGCAAGGUCGAAUCCCGAGAUUUGGGCAAGAGCGGCUCGUCCUCGCAAAUCACAGACUUGUCGUCGUCCGAUUCCGAGAGGUAGCCCUUGACACGCGCUCCAGAAUGCUGGGGCUCCGGCCAAUGUUCUUCAUCCCAGGGCGAACCAUGCUCAGAGCUGCGCUCGCUCAAGUGUGAAUCAGCUUCACUGCUACAUUCACUAUCGUCCUCUCCGGAGUCAUGGUCAAGGAGGGUAUUGCUGUCUGGAGUGUAGGGACUUGACGGGCGAGACAACGUAGAGGUGGAGGGUAAAUUAGGUGGGGACAGCCGCGCAAUGAGACACGGAGGUGAGCUUUGCCGACGCAUAGGCGUACGCAGCUUGCUGGUUCCGGCGUUCAGCUUGAUCUCGAAAGUGCGGUCCGAGCCCUGUAUCUUCAAGAGAUCUUCGAGGGAGAGAGACGCCGUAGCGACGAGAUUACGCUUCUUCCCCUUCUUUUUGCUUUGCGAGCGGUGGAACAAGUUGACAUUAACUCUCGAAUCGGCCAUCUUUUCCUUGAACAGGAACGGCUGCUUGAGGUUGGGAUUCUGGCCGUCGCACCCGAGGUUGAUCUCAUGCGAGAGGUGGUCGUCGACCGUGAUAUGAACGAUGGGUCUCCAUGCUUUCUCUGGACGCAGUCCUUGGAAACCCUUUGCGCGGAUAACUGUGAAGGACCAAGAGUUGUCUUCGUUCCAAAAGUCCAUUGUCUGGAUGUGAGAGAGGAGGGAUGUGACUCGGAAGGAAAUGGGCU